AUGGCACUGGCCGAAGCAGCGACUGCAUCAGAUGCGGCGACAGCGCCCGAGGCGAAGCGCCGGAAGGGGCCAACGCGACCGCUGCCGGUCUUCGUCUGCGAAUAUCACGACGAGGCCUUGCGUUUUCUGCAUUUCUGCAUCCGCCGACGCAAGAUCCCCUUCGCGGAUCUUGCGAUGGUGCACCUGGACGCUCAUCCGGACCUUUCCGCAUCCACAAAGCUGGAGGCAGACCGAAUCUAUGAAGACCCGCACGAGGUCUAUGCGUCCUUGCGUAAAGAGAAUGGCGGCAUCGCCCAGUGGAUACUUCCGGCCGCGUACGGAGGACACCUUCGCAGUGUCUGGUGGGUUCGUCCCCCAGCCGCGCGGCAGAUCUCGGAUGGGUUCUACGGCUGCCACGUCGGCUGCGGCCCUCCAGGGCCGAAAAGCGGCGGUCCGAAGAAUGGUGCUCCUGAUGGAGAUGCAGAGGCUACUGCGGUUGAGGGCAUCAAGAUCAGUUGCACUGAGCCCUAUUUCGUUGAGGACGGCAUCUACAGCCCGCAGGAGGCUCUCCGCAACACGAAGCCGCUGGAUCUGACUGUGUCCCUCUUGCCAGAGGAUGGCCAGCCGCUGCCGGCGUGGCGCAGUGCAGGAGGCGCGGUGAGCUAG